AUGAGGGAGUUGAGUAGUAAACUGGGAUAUGAAAUACUUCAUGUAAGUAAUGACGAAAUAACCCCAGUAACAGAAAUGGAUUAUGAAGACAAUCAAAAACUUGUGAUAUUCGAUGACUAUGUUUGCGAUAAAAACCAGAGACAACUGACUCAUUAUUUCAUUCAAGGACGACAUAAGAAUUGCUCUGUGGUGUAUCUCAGUCAAUCGUUUUAUAAAACACCAAAGGAUAUUCGGCUGAAUUGUUCUCAUUACUGUUUAUACGAAUUUCCAUCAUCGCGAGAAGCAAACAGAAUAUCAUCUGAGUUAGGAGUUAGUAAAGAAGAUUAUAAAGCAGCAACUAAAAAACCGUAUUCAUUUCUAUACGUUGAUAAACCAAGAAAACGUAUUGCAAAAAACUUUACUGGUAAUCUAACCAUAUAA